AUGUCAUCAUCAUCCUCUCAACCUUCCUCUUCAAGUGCACAUUCAUCGCUCGCCAAAGAUGAAUUAUUACAACUCCGAUCGAAAUACAAAUUCAAAGUAUUGAGUGAGAAGGGAAAAUGGCCUUUACAAUUCUCUCUUUUACACAUUCCCGAAACUGAUAUUAAAAUAGAUCCAUCCAUUGAUGGCUUAAUAUUCAUAUUUGAAAUAACGGAAAAGUAUCCUGCUAAAGCUGACUUUGAGUCUUGCAAACUGAUUAGAAUUGAAAAUUAUACACCAACCGAAAAAUCACCAAAAUUAGCAUUGGUGAUGAUUCAAAACAUGAUUCAAGCAUGUCAAAAGCAAUUAACAAAAAUUAUUAUUGCUAAUAACAGUGAAAUAAUAACAAAAUUUAUGAUUUGGGAAAAUGCUAACAUUACUACCAUUAUUUUGAGUGGAAAUAUGGAAUACUUUACAAGUUAUUUGGCAGAAGGCAUGCAUGGAAUAUCGGAACGAAGAUAUCAAAUAGAUUUUAGCAAAUAUCCAAAAGAAAGCAACGCAGAAGAGGAUGAUCAAGAUGAUGAAAUACCAGAAUUAGAUUUUUAUUCGUUAGAUAAUCCUCCACCUGAAUUAUUAGAAUCAAAUAGCUCCGAUACUCUGCUGUUAUUACCUGCUGGUUGUGAGCUUAAAAACACUUCUAUUUUUGAAAUGAAACAAUUGAGUUUUAUUGCAAAAUGCGAUCGGUGCCAAAACGAUUGCGAAUUUAGGGAAUUAAAGGCUGGACAAAGUAUUGAAAAACCAUGCCCAAAAUGUGCUAAAACAUUAACAGUAUGUAUGAAGCCAUUUGGUAUGACAGAGUCUAGCCUAUCAUUAGAGAGCAAGAAAGGAAAUGAAAUUCAAGCAGGAUGUCCUUUUGUCUAUUUGGAAACUUCAAAUUGUGGAUUUUUUGAUAUCAUUCCAAAAGGUAAUAUUUUGGGAGUGUUGUGUUUUAAUUGCAGUCAUAGCGAUCAAAUGAAAAGUUUGAAAAUUAAGAGUCCCAAUGAAAUUUACUGUACACAUUGCCAUCAAUUGAUAUCCAUCCAAUUCAUUCAAAUUCAAAAGAAGACUGUUGGAGAAUAUCUUGCAAUGAUCACACAUAAUGCUGGACAAAAAUAUGACGACGAUUCCAAGUCAGGUUCAAUGGUAAAGAAAAAGAAGCAUAAGGCGUUGAAAGGUAUUCAUCCAGGUGCACCAUUGCCACGAUUUGGUGUUUGUGAGCAUUAUAAAAAUUCAAAGAGAUGGUUCAGGUUUGAUUGUUGUGGAAGAGCAUUUCCAUGCGAUAUUUGUCAUGAGCAAGAAUGUGAGGCAGCCAUGACAGAACAAAUGGCCAAAAAGAUGAUUUGUGGAUUUUGCUCACAUGAACAAGGUCUCUCUGAAAUUUGUCACUAUUGUAAAAAGAACCUCAUUAAGAAAAUUUCUGAAAAGAGCAGUGGAGCCUCAAAGAAAAAGUAA